AACUCGAGAAUAGAGCCCCUGGUGGGAAUAUUAUCAACCUUCUUCCGUUUCCAGCUGUGAGCUUUCUCCUAGGUACUUUGCUUUGGUUGGACUUUUAAAUCGGAUCUUAUAGUAGUGAUUGUCGACACUUACUUACUAUCAAAAUGGGUAAACACUUUGGAAACCUCCAUUUCAUUCGCGGAAUCGUCUUCUUCAGACUCAGUGCUCACGAACAGAGAGCAUUUGCUGGAAUGAUAAAUCCAGGAAUUUCUAACACAAUUCGUCGAAUCCGUGAAAAUAUACUCCGAGUUCCACCUCCCUUCAUUAUCAGUUACUUGGUCUACGAUUGGGGUGAGAAGAAAUACGUUGAAGUAAAUCGCAAGAACCCCAAGGAUUUCGAGAAUGACGUUUAAACAGCAGGCAACUUGAAUAGUUACAAUAAUUAGAUCAAUUUACAUCUUUAUCUCUCGCCGUUUUGUUUUUCUGAUUUGAAAUAUGAAUAUUUUAUUUUAAAAACUUACCAACUCUAAUUAAAUCAUGAAUAGAUUUAAAAUUGAUACAAUUAUUGUUUUUCACUUGCGUUUUAGCAUCAUUUUUGAUAACGGGAUGAAUGACUUUGUUUGAAGGGUUUUUGAUUUCCUCAAUGAUUCAAUUGUAAAAUAAAAAGUACCUUCCCAGUAA